AUGUUUUUCUUGAAGGAAGAGACCAAGGUCAUCUCCUUGCACCCGUCCUACUUCGGCCCGAAUGUGCGGGAAUAUCUCAUCAACCGGCUGAAUGAGGAAGAGGAGGGGCGGUGUACGGGAGACCAUUUCGUGAUCUGCGUGAUGGACAUGGUUGAUAUCGGCGAGGGGCGCGUUCUGCCAUCCAGUGGACACGCCGAAUAUACGAUUAAGUACCGAGCGAUCAUCUGGAAGCCGUUCCGUGGGGAGACUGUCGAUGCGAUUGUGACCUCGGUGAAGCCCACUGGGAUUUUCACACUGGCUGGCCCCCUGGCGGUCUUCAUUGCGCGGAAGAACAUUCCUUCUGAUAUCAAAUGGGAACCCAACACUGUACCACCACAAUACACCGAUCAUGCCGACCAGGUCAUUGAAAAAGGCACCAGUUUACGGCUGAAGAUCCUUGGUGUGAAGCCGGAUGUUGCUGCGAUCAAUGCGAUUGGAACAAUCAAGGAAGAUUAUCUAGGGUAUGUCGAGUCCCCCUGCUGUUGA